UAGUGAAGUGAAGUAUUUGGGAAGUUACGGGAGGCCGUUCAGUGUGUGGGAUCCCAAAGGGAGCGUCCCGUGCCACUCCUUAUUGUGCUUUGUGUGUGGUUAUCAAAUAGCCCGUUACCUGAUGACAUGAUUCAUGGGGAUGGACCUGCAGAGAUGACCACUGAGGAUCCAGAUAUGCAAGAUGCUCACCAGGAAAGUUUUGGUAGUUCUUUCGAACGACAGGAGUCUGUGGCUACAACAGAGGCCAGACUACGCAUGGAAGGUGUAGAACUAAAAGAGGAAUGGCAGGAUGAAGACUUUCCUAGACCUCUGCCAGAAGAUGAUCAUAUUGAGGGGGAUUUCUUAACUGGAGCUGAUAGAGAAGUUCCUAGUCCAGUGGAAGUUAUUGUUAAUAAAAAAUCAAAAAAGAAGUUAAUAGCUCCUAACCUCAGUUUAACACUGGAUCGCAGCGAUGGCUCAGUCUUGUCUGAGGACUUAGAUGAAAGUGGAGAUUUGGAUUUAGAUGAUCUUGACACACCAUCUGAAAACAGCAAUGAAUUUGAAUGGGAAGAUGAUCUCCCAAAACCAAAGACUACUGAAGUACUCCCAAAAGGAUCUAUUCCUGAAUAUACUGCUGCUGAGGAAAAGGAAGAGAGCCGUCGUUGGCGCCUGUUCAGAAUUGGCGAGCAGGAUCAUAGGGUGGAUAUGUUAGCAAUAGAGCCUUAUAAGAAAGUUAUAAGUCAUGGAGGAUAUUAUGGAGAUGGUCUGAAUGCAAUUAUAGUAUUUGCUGUUUGUUUUAUGCCUGACAGCAGUCAGCCUAAUUAUCGAUAUCUAAUGGACAAUAUUUUCAAGUAUGUUAUUGGCACAUUGGAAAUGUUAGUCGCUGAAAACUACAUGAUAGUUUAUUUAAAUGGAGCCACAACACGACGGAAAAUGCCAAGCUUAGGAUGGCUUAGAAAAUGUUAUCAGCAAAUUGAUAGAAGGUUACGGAAAAAUCUGAAAUCCUUAAUAAUUGUUCAUCCUUCCUGGUUUAUCAGAACACUUCUUGCUAUCACAAGACCUUUUAUUAGUUCAAAAUUUAGCCAGAAAAUCAAGUAUGUCUUUUCGCUGGUAGAAUUAGCGGAACUUAUUCCUAUGGAGUACGUCAGCAUACCUGAAUGCAUAAAAGAGUAUGACGAAGAAAAAAGUAAAAAGAAACAGAAAAGUAAUAUGCUGAGGAAUUGGUCUGUCAGGAUCAUGCAGAGUUGAUAAAGACCUUAACAAGAAAACUGAAGAUCAACCCAGUGGACAUUAAAUUGGGAUAUGAGAUCAGGCAAACCUGAAGAACAUCCACCUUGAAUGGAAAGUGUUUUGUUUCCUUUCUUCGCAACAUCAAUUUUCAAUGUUUUCCUGCUAGCAUUGUUGAAAGCUGUCCUUUCAGUGUUCUACGCUGGGACCCAAGGACCCGAUUUCUGCUCUGAAAGCCAGCUGCUAUAUACUAUAAGCAUGGUCAAUGUUUUCAUAGACAUUCAAUAUAGCCAACUUUAAAAAGUUACUAAAAAAGCAAUUAUCAAUACAUAUAUCUUAAUUAUGUUUGUUGGUCUGAGUAUCUCCAUGAAAAAAAGUGUACAGUCAUAAACUAUUUUUAAAAAUGA